UUAUGCAAUAUUCUGGGUGUGGGCAGACAACUGGCACAGGCCAUUGUUUUGAUACGGGAAAAUACGGGAAAUUUGUUACCACAUACUUUAGAGGCAAUUAUAGGGCGGCCGCUGACCUUUGGUGACAUGACCGAGUUGGAUUUUAGUACUAACCCCGCAUUAUUUAGAGAAGCCCUGGGGUAUGGGGAUGGGGCGGAACAUGUUGGGGAGGGUGGAAUGGGGCGGUCAAUCGCAAAUAGGCCCAUGGACCCACACGAAAGGUGGAUAGAUAUGUCUGUGCUCGAGAAGGAGUCGGUAAGUCAGGAUCACGAGAGGGCCCAACUAGAAGCCCAACUUUCGGCUCUUGAGGCGGACGUAGCUCAAUGGGACGAUUUUCUUCCCCAGAUUGCAAAGCCUUUGUUCCCAAAGCGUCUGUUGUUACAGCCGGACCAUAUGAUGACAAGCAUACCGAAACCGUUUAAUGUCGCAUCAAGCGUCCCCGCCUCGCCCCCUUUGUUAGGUUUGCCCCAGAGUAGGGACAAUGGGCCUACGGGAUCCCAUCGUGCCUCAAGGGGCCCUCUUGCCCCGAAUGGUCUACCUGUCCUAAUUCCAUCUACCAUCACUAUUCCCAUACCCAGCAAUGCAUCGGUUUUCAAUAAUUUGCCCGGACCAAGCAACCCUCCUGGCCCAAGUAUUCCCCCGACACAGAAAGAUCGGGAUGUUCUGACAAAAUUGCCUAAGAGCCUGCUAUAUGAUGGGCAGAGCAAUUGGUUUGUUUUUCAGAGCAAGUUUGAGCGCUACGCAAGGGUGCAAGAUUGGUCUGACGCAGAAUGCGCCGAUUGCCUUGGUUGGUGUUUGACAGGAAAGGCGGUCGAUUUCAAUGCGUUGCUUACCGAAGGGAGAGGGACGGUACCUUACGCAGAGCUAAUGCAGCGACUGCAGGAGCGUUUUGGCGCCAGGGAGCUUACCGCCACCGCGCAGGGCCGUUUCCACGUUGCCCAUCAGGAAGUAGGCGAGUCCCUAGACAAUUGGUCAGAUCGGGCGCUGAAGCUGGCAACAGCGGCGUUUCGUGAUCUGCCCUAUGCAUACGCCGCUGAACAGGCAGUGACGAAGUUUUGUCACGGUUUGAUUGACGAGGAGGCCGGCAAGCAUGUUAGUCUGCAGUUACCAACAUCUAUGGGAGAUGCGAUGAACAUGCUGAAGAUAUAUUGCCAUGUUCAGUCGGCUUGCGCCGCGGCUCCGAGGUAUACCCAGAAGACUGAGCAAGAAGAGUCAAUGUGGGUUCACGAGGUGAAGAAAGCACCCACUGCGGAUGAGGUCAGUGUGUCGGCGGUCGACAAAUUGACCCAGGUGGUCGAGAAGUUGCUGGAUGCUGUGGAGAGAUUGUCAAACUCUUUUGGAAGUUCGGCCGUUGAUCCCUUUGUCCGACAACCGGGUAAGCCGUUUCGAAAUAAAAAAGGCUAUGCCGAAUACCCUGUGGAGUGCCCCUACCCAGGGAAGGUCCGGAACCGGUGGUACAACGACCAACGCCAGGUUAUGUAUCCUGCGGGAGCGGUUGGCGGAGGUUUACGUGGGCAUCGGAACCAAAGUUCAAAAGUCCGCCCUGAGGGAUCGUAUCGCGGCAGAUAUGGUUCCAACUGGGGACAUUUCCAUGCCAUGUCCUUGCCCAACCAUAAGGAGAAGGAGCCCGUUGUGGUAGCUGCGACGACUAAGCAGUUGGGCCAACCGGAAGUGGAUCAUGUAAACCAGCUAGGUCCGGUUUCCCAGUCCUGCAUGAAGGUGCAGCAUGCCAAGGACGUGCACGAUGCAGUUCCCUUGGUGCUGCCAACAGUGCCAGAUGUCGUCAGUGAUCCAAGGAUGGUCAUUGGCGAGAGCACUGAAGGAUACCAUGGAGAUCCUGUGUGCGAUGAUGAAUUUCGCGUGCAGCGCGUUGCGGUUCAGUCUGCGGAGGCGGCUAAAAGCAUGGCGACCGACAGGGCCGACCAGGUGGGGGCCAAAAUAGCCCAACGAAAAGCUGCUGAAACUACUCCGGCCACCGGAAGGUCAGUACCUGUCAGACGGGCGACAGAAGUUGCCGCGUGUGACCGCCGUAAGGGCGGCGCAUGCGGAUGCCGAGUUACCCCAGAUGACAGCUGGGAAGGUGGUGUUCGAAGACUUGUUAGGCGUGGUUCCAAAGGGUGGCGACCCUCUAGUUCUCGCCGCUGGGAGCGGUCCCAGCGGUGGAAAUUGGGUUGGCGACCACCAGAGCGUCUAACUUCCAAAAUCUGUACCGCCUAAAAUUGUAAAUGGCGAGGUUAAUUGUUAGUAAAACUAGGAAAACAAUGCAAAAUACAAAAGACCCCCAUUUUUAAAAAAAUACAGUAAAGUUGCAGUCACAUUCUAUUCGCGGUGUUGAUAAUGUAUUACGGUGUACGCGGAGUAUCUCUAGUAGUAACACUAAAAGCAGCAGCAGUAGUAGUAGUAGUAGUAGUAGUAGUAGUAGUAGUAGUAGUAGUGGUAGUAGUAGUAGUGGUAGUAGUAGUAGUAGUAGUAGUAGUUGUAGUAGUAGUAGUAGCAGAAGUAGUAGUAGUAGUAGUAGUAAAAGCUGUUGUUAUGAAAAUUACAUGAAGUACGCGGUGUAUAAAAGUAAUAGUUCUCUUAAACAUUUUAAUUAGUUUGAUUAGAUUGUUUUGAAUAUAUAUGUCCUAUUGUCUCAGUUUAAGCCCAGUCUUUUAUUGCAAUAUUGUUGGAACUAUAAAAGUGAAAUUAAUCUGAGCAGUGCUCUGCGAAAUGGGGGUUUAAUGAAUAGGCAUAAAGUGUCGUCCCAAAUUAUCUUGUGCCGUCCGCGCUUAACUUCCUGUAAUUUUUGUAUUACCGCGCUAAGAAGUGCUUUGCACAGUCACGGAUGUGUUUGAUUAUUUCCCGUGAAGUCUGUUGUUUUUUUUCCCUUAUGGUCGGGUGUGACAUUGUCGGACAUUGUCGGACGACCGCUGUCACACCGCACCAUCGGAUGUGGUAACUACGCAGAUGGUGAAUAGGAACCCGGUUUCCCCUGCAAUAUCCAAGUCUUGGCACCUCCGUCACCUUUUAUCCUUCCAUGUUAAGAUUUGUGAGUCAAUCUAACUUCAAUCACUUCGUCAUUGCUGUAUCAUGUCAUUUAUUUCCGUAACUUUCUAUAAAUUCUUUUCUACCAACCAUAUGCCGAGCAAUGUCGUAGAAUUUUGUCGAAUGAGUUUGUUUUUUAUAGGUGACAGUGCUUGACGACCACUGUCACACUCAAUACUGUUGGCCGGAAGUGGUAUUUCCCGGAGUUGUUCUUUUAAACAAUAUUUGCAGGUCUUUUUAAAUUUGUGUGUGACCGUGCUUGACGGCAACUGUCUCGUAGCGUCACUUUAAUUUUUUGAAUGGCCGGAGUUGUUUCCCGGCGCAUGUACACUUUUAUUGUUUUUAUUUUUGUAAAGUACAUUAUUUCUCAGUGUGAUCUCCACAUUCUAAUACAUAAGUGACUGUACUUGUUGGACGAAAGCCAACAAGAAUGUUUUUUCUUGAUUAAGCAAUUGUCGGACGAUAGCCGACAAUAAUGUUUUUUUUAUUUACUAAUGUGAUGGAAAUUUUCUUAUGCAAGAAACAUAUUGGUCACUAACCGCUAGAAUGCAGCGGUCUGUAUGUACCCCGCUGGGCAAAGGCAGUCCCGUGCCUGCGGGAGGGGGAUUAUGGUCCCAUUUGAGUCUCUAUCUCUUCUGCCUUGGGUGCGACCGUAGGGCGGCAGCCCAAGAGGAGAAAAGUGGGAGGAAUGUAGUGGGUACAAUAGUUUUAUUUUAAUUGUCUUUUCCUCCAUAUAAUGUCAAUGAUUAUGUUGCAAAAUACGUUCUCUGUGUGAAAUUAAAAGCAAUUGUAUGUAUUAUUUGGACAACAAUAAGAUUAUUUUUAUUCUUAUAUUUUUAACCUUUUUGUCACUGAGAUAUUAUUUAAACGCAUUUGUAUUGCCUUAGAAGGUUACGUUUCUUGUGAUUUUUAUUUUAAUAUAACCAAGCGGAUUUUUAUUGUAUAUUAUGCAGUCACAUGCAGAGGGCGUAGGCCUUCUCAUUUGGGCUGCGAGGGGAUGUAUUUGUAUGAUAUUUUAUGAUUUUAGUGGAUAAGUUAUUUUAUUUCUUAAAAUUUGUGAAAAUAGGUUGGAAGGUGGGUACACUUGUCCAAUUAUUGUGCAGACAAGAAAAGGAGCAAGAGUUACCGGACCUUAUUGUGAACUUUUAUUUUUAACUCUUUAUUAACAAAGAUUAUGGCUCAUAUGCGUUCAUAUUUGUGCGAAGGUGCUAAACACAAAUGGUCAUUUAAUGGAGAUGCAUUAACUUUAGUUGUGGUUUAUGGCAGGCGUUGCGCCAAAAGAGAGGUCGGGCGAAAGCUAUGCCUGACUUAGGGGAGUUGGGUCAAGGUGCUUACGCAAGGGGCACUAUUACUUCAUCGGUUGCGCCGGUAUGAUUCCUUCGCUGUGUGGCGUCGUCCCAAAAGGAGAAAAGUGGGAGGAGUGUUGUGCCGGUGCCCGGUCUACAAAAUGCGCACAUACCUCGUGAUUGGGAACCAGCGACAAAUCGGAAUAGUGCAUGCUGGGCAGCACGAGAUAGUACGCUCUCUUAUGCACGGGUGACUGAUGCGAGUAGACGUAUUUUCCCAAGCUGAGUAUUGCUUGGAGUAAUUGUGAGCCUGAGUGAGUAAUUGUGAGCCUGAGUAUAGAUUAUAUUGUAUUAUAUUGUAUUAUAUUGUAUUUUAUGUGUGUUCAACACGUAUUUACCUGGAAGGCCAUUCCCAGAAGAUAUAAGUGAGACUGUGACUGUGUAUGUGAGUCUGUGAGUUGCCUGUGAUUGUGUCAAUGACACGCAUUUCCCUGGAGGUGUAUUCCCAGAAGUAUAUGUGUAUGUAAGCCGGUGACUGUGUGUUUAAGUACGUAUUUGCCUGGAGGUGUAUUCCCAGAAGUAUAUGUAUAGUGCUAUUUGUGACGUGGACGAGCCGUAGCCGACGAGUGUGCACCCGCCGAGUCGACGAGUAUAGCCGACGAGUAUAGCCGACGAGUUCCCUCGAAGACGACGAGGACGAUUGGUGCCAUCCUGACGAGCAUUCCAGUUGAUGCCCAUAAUGCCUAGAAAACGCAAAAGAGGAUCCCUUACGGUGAAACGCAAGUACCACUACAUAACAUCUGAACAGCCAAAGGAAGAAAACCAUGUUGCCAGUGAACCCCUGGUGAAAAUUAAAGCUACAACAGAUACUUCUACCCAGUCAGAAAGUGAAAAUGUGCAGGUCACAAGUGAUCAUAGUUAUGCUAUUGAUGAAGACUCCACAUAUGAGCUUGACUCCUUCCAGGAGACAAACAUUGAUAAGCCUGAAGCUGAUGUGAUGGAAUGUAGUUCAGGGCUUCUAGAAAUGGAGGUGGAGACGACAACCUUCUCAGACUUUGCUGUGGAACUUAAACUGCAAAAUAUUUCAUCUCAGUUCGUUGUAAAGGAAUCAGAGCAAUCAAUUCAAAUGUUACAGUUGUACGCAAAUGACAGUCUGACAGCAAUCAAGCUAUCGGUUGAAAUUAAGAGUGAUUUUACAUGCUCUGUCUAUGUGCAUCGGAAAUGCAUUCCGAGAUCUCACCAAAUAUGGACUGGA